AUGGUGUUGCAGGAGCCCGCCGGGGCGCCGAGUCUGUCGACUGCGGCGGCAGGGGUCGGUGAUGCCGCUGCCGAGGUACAGCUGUCCCGGCGUCGCUGGGCCGUGCUGCUGCUCUUCAGCAGCUACUCCCUGUGCAACGCCUUCCAGUGGAUCCAGUACGGCAGCAUCAGCAACAUCUUCAUGCGCUUCUACGGCGUGAGCGCCUUCGCCAUCGACUGGCUUUCCAUGAGCUACAUGCUCAUCUACAUCCCCCUGCUCUUCCCUGUCGCCUGGCUGCUGGACAAGAGGGGCCUGCGCCUCAUCGCCCUGGCUGGCUCGGCCCUCAAUGCCAUGGGUGCCUGGGUGAAGCUGGGCAGCCUGAAGCCGCACCUCUUCCCCGUCACUGUCCUGGGACAGGUCAUCUGUGGCCUGGCCCAGGUCUUCAUCCUGGGCAUGCCCUCACGCAUCGCCUCGGUCUGGUUUGGCUCCCAGGAGGUCUCCACCGCCUGCUCCAUUGCUGUCUUUGGGAACCAGCUUGGCAUCGCUGCAGGCUUUCUGGUCCCUCCAGUUCUGAUCCCUAAUGUGGAGGAUGUGGAGAAGCUGGCCUACCACAUCAGCAUCAUGUUCUUCAUGACUGCAGGUGUGGCAUCAGCCCUGUUCAUCCUGGUCAUCAUAGUCUUCAAAGCGAAGCCCCCGAGCCCUCCAAGCCGAGCUCAGGCCUUGAUCCAGUCAAGACCAGCUGUGGAGUAUUCCUACGUGCAAUCAAUCCUCCGCCUGCUCCGCAAUGCCAACUUUUUGCUGCUUAUGGUCACUUAUGGUGUGAAUGUAGGUUGUUUCUACGCCUUGUCCACUCUGCUGAACCGCAUGGUGAUCCAUCACUACCCAGGGGAGGAGGUGAAUGCUGGCAGGAUUGGACUCACCAUUAUACUCUCGGGGAUGGCUGGGGCUCUGAUCUCCGGCAUCUGGUUGGACAAAACCAAAACCUACAAGUCAACAACACUAGUUGUCUAUAUCAUGUCUCUGGUGGGAAUGAUAGUCUAUACCUUCACUCUGAGCCUGGGCCACCUCUGGGUGGUCUUUGUGACUGCUGGGUUGCUGGGGUUUUUCAUGACAGGAUACCUUCCCCUGGGCUUUGAGUUUGCUGCGGAGUUGACAUACCCAGAAUCAGAAGGAACAUCAUCAGGGCUUCUUAAUGUCUCAGCACAGAUUUUUGGUAUUGCCUUCACCAUUAGCCAAGGGCAAAUCAUAGAUCACUUUGGGACAAAGGGAGGAAACCUCUUGCUUUGUUCUGUCCUGUUCCUGGGGACUAUUAUGACAGCAUUCAUUAAGGCUGAUCUCCGAAGACAACAGGCCAAUUUGGAAAAUGAACAGACAAAAGUGUUGCCAGAAGCCUACACUAAUCCCAUAGUCCUUGAGGAAUCACGGCUGUGA